AUGCCUUCAAAAUAUGGUAACGGGUCUGGAACAGGACGGUUUGUGAAGAACUCAACAAUAAAGUCAGAGUUUAGGAAUAAUGGAUAUAACAGAGCAGAGGUAAUUGAUCCUCUGAUUGCAAACAAUCCCAUGUUAAAUGAUUCUAUACAAAAGCGAGAAUUGGUUAACAGAAUAGAUCAGUUGGAUUCUAUUAUGGGGUUUGACAGAAUAGAACACGGUGAAAUGGACGGUGCUAAACCUCGUAGAGGAUGGCUAGUAAAUAUGCAUGCUACAACAAUACCUACUGAUGAAUAUUUGGCCGGAUACUCAGGAGUAGAUUAUUACUUUUUAGAUGAAGAAGGAGGAUCAUUCAAAGCAACAAUACGAUAUGACCCAUAUUUUUACUUGGUAGUUAUACCAGGACACGAGUCUGAGGUAGAAGAAAUGCUUAGAAAGGUUUUAGAGCCUUGCAGUUUGAAAGGAUUAUUAAGAGUUGCCAAGGAGGAUUUAUCAUUACCAAAUCAUUUAGUGGGUUUAAAGAAAACAUUAGUCAAGUUGAGCUUUCACAAUGUUGUGGAUCUUUUGAGCGCCAGAAGAUUGCUUAACCCCAUCAUUAAAGAUAAUAAGAUGAAAAGAGAUACCAGAGAUAUAUACCAAGUGAUGAAUUUUAACAAUGUAAAUAAUGCUAACGGCACGGAGAUUCAAACUAAUUUCAAUGACAAAAGUACUGAACAGAUUGCAGAUCCUGCUACAUUAAUAGACGACAUUAGAGAAUAUGAUGUACCGUAUCAUGUUAGAGUGUCAAUUGAUGAGAAAAUCAGAGUCGGAAAGUGGUAUAACGUUUUUGUUAAACACUCAGAGGUUAGAUUAGAAGAAGAUAAGGAAAAGAUAGCUUUUGCCGAUCCAGUGAUUUUGGCAUUCGAUAUAGAAACAACGAAAGCUCCUCUUAAAUUUCCAGAUGCAAAAACAGAUCAAAUCAUGAUGAUAUCUUACAUGAUUGAUGGUGAAGGUUUUCUUAUUACUAACAGAGAAAUUAUAUCUGAAGAUAUUGAAGAUUUCGAGUAUACACCAAAACCAGAAUAUCCUGGCUUGUUUACUAUUUUCAAUGAACCAGACGAGAAGAUGGUCUUAGUAAGGUUUUUUGAACAUAUUAGGGAUUCGAGACCUACGGUUAUUGCUACUUUCAAUGGUGAUUUUUUUGAUUGGCCUUUUGUGGAAAAAAGAACAACUUUUCAUGACAUGGAUAUGUUUGAAGAAAUUGGAUUUGCAAAAGAUAAUGAAGGUGAGUAUAAAUCGAAAUACUGUGUACAUAUGGAUUGUUAUAGAUGGGUUAAGAGAGAUUCUUAUUUACCUCAAGGUUCACAAGGUUUGAAGGCUGUUACUACUGCAAAAUUAGGUUACAACCCAACUGAAUUAGAUCCUGAACUCAUGACUCCUUAUGCAUACGAGAAACCACAACUAUUAUCUGAGUAUUCCGUUUCUGAUGCAGUUGCAACAUAUUACUUGUAUUAUAAGUACGUCCAUCCUUUUAUUUUCUCUUUAUGCACUAUCAUUCCAUUAAACCCCGAUGAAGUUUUAAGAAAAGGUACUGGUACCUUAUGUGAAAUGUUAUUAAUGGUUCAAGCGUAUGAGAAUGGGAUAGUUUUACCUAACAAACAUACUGAACCAAUCGAAAGAUUCUAUGACGGUCAUUUGUUAGAAUCGGAGACUUACGUUGGUGGCCACGUAGAAUCACUAGAGGCUGGUGUUUUCCGUAGUGAUUUACCUAAUGAUUUUAAAGUUGAUCCAACUGCAGUCGAUGAAAUAUUAGGUGAUUUACAUAAUGCCUUGAAGUUUUGUAUUGAGGUUGAAAAUAACAAAAAAGUUGAAGAUGUUGAAAACUAUGAUGAAGUUUAUAAUCAAAUUAAGGAUAGUUUGGUUAAUUUAAGGGAAACCCCUAUUAGACAUGAGAAUCCUUUAAUUUUUCAUGUUGAUGUUGCUUCAAUGUAUCCUAAUAUUAUGACUUCAAAUAGAUUACAACCAGAUUCGAUGAAAUCAGAAGAAGAUUGUGCAGCUUGUGACUUCAAUAGACCCGGUAAGAACUGUGAUCGUAGAUUGCCUUGGUCAUGGAGAGGUGAAUACUACCCUGCGGAAAUGAAUGAAUAUGGUAUGAUAAAGAGGACUUUACAAAAUGAAACAUUCCCUCCUGCAAAACCAUGGCUUCCUGCUAAAACAUUUGAUGAGUUAUCGUACUCAGAGCAAGCCCUGUUAAUUAAGAAGAGAUUGAGUGAUUAUUCUAGAAAAGUAUAUCAUAGAAUAAAGCAGUCCAAAACUGUUUCGAGAGAAGCGAUAGUUUGUCAACGUGAAAACCCGUUUUAUGUUGAUACAGUUAGAUCUUUUCGGGAUCGUCGUUAUGAAUUUAAAACGUUGGUUAAAGUUUGGAAAGGCAAAACUGCAAAAAUAGAUAAACAUGAUACAAUUGCAAAAGAUGAAGCUAAGAAGAUGGUAGUUUUAUACGAUUCUUUACAAUUAGCACAUAAAGUCAUUUUAAACUCCUUUUAUGGUUAUGUAAUGAGAAAGGGUUCUCGUUGGUACUCAAUGGAAAUGGCAGGUAUUACUUGUCUUACUGGUGCAACUAUUAUUCAAAUGGCCAGGUCUUUAGUUGAAAGGUUAGGAAGACCCCUUGAAUUAGACACAGAUGGUAUUUGGUGUAUUUUACCGAAAUCAUUCCCAGAAAACUAUUAUUUUAAAUGUAAGGAUGGUAAAAACAUCUUUCUUGAAUAUCCCUGUUCAAUGUUAAACUAUUUAGUUCAUGACAAAUUUACUAAUCAUCAGUACCAAGACUUGGUUGAUCCUAACACUUUUAAAUACAAGACUAGAUCUGAAAAUUCAAUUUUCUUUGAAGUUGAUGGUCCAUAUAAAGCAAUGGUCUUACCAACAUCGAAAGAAGAAGGAAAGGGAUUGAAGAAAAGAUAUGCAGUAUUUAAUGAUGACGGAUCGUUAGCUGAAUUGAAAGGCUUCGAAUUGAAAAGAAGAGGUGAAUUACAAUUGAUUAAGAACUUCCAAUCUGAUAUUUUCAAAUUGUUUUUGGAUGGGGAUAGUUUAGAAAAUUGUUAUAAGUCUGUGGCUACGGUAGCAAAUAAUUGGUUGGACGUCUUGGAUACCAAAGGAGGUAUGUUAGAGGAUGAAGACUUGAUUGAACUUAUUUGUGAAAAUAGAAGUAUGUCUAAAAGUUUAGCAGAAUAUGGUAAUCAAAAAUCUACUUCAAUCACAACAGCGAAAAGAUUAGGUGAAUUUUUAGGCGAAGAAAUGAUCAAAGAUGCUGGUUUAGCAUGUAAAUAUAUUAUCAGUUCCAAACCAAUCGGAAGCCCUGUCACAGAACGAGCUGUUCCAGUUUCUAUUUUUUCCUCCGAGAAGAAAGAGUUUUUUUUGAAGAAGUGGUUGAAAGAUCCAUCUUUAGAGAAUUUUGACCCAAGAAGUGUUAUUGAUUGGAAUUAUUAUUAUGAGCGUUUAGCAUCUGUUGUUCAAAAAAUUAUUUCUAUUCCAGCAGCCUUGCAAGAUAUAAAGAAUCCUGUUCCUAGAGUGCCACAUCCAGAAUGGUUACAGAAGAAGAUUAACUCCAAAGAAGAUAGUAAGCAACAAUCAUCAAUUUCAUCCUUUUUUGGCCAAGCUACAAAGAAGGAAGUAUUACAGAAGCUGAUUAAAUCAAUUCAAGAUAUUGAAGAUUUUGGAGAGUUAGAUGCCUCUAUCCCCAAAGGAAGAGUUAGCAAGGUGACUUCAAGGAAGAGGAGGAACGGAAAGGCAAAUAAUGUUUCUGACUCUGAAGAAGAGGAACGAAACAAUGCCAUUUUGAAUGGAGAAUGCCCUUCAAUGACAGAAGAUUAUGCUGGAUUUUUGCAAUAUCAAAAGGCUAAAUGGAAAGUCCAAGAGAAAAACAGAGAAAGAAGAAAAAAGUUAUUUGGCUCAAAUGCAGAAUCUUCACAUAGGUCUUCAGUUGGCGGAAUUAUUCGAAGACAAGCCGAAAAUAUUGCUGGUUCUGAUUGGGAAAUUCUAGAAUAUAAAGCAGAUCCAUCCAAACCUGGUGAUAUUAAAGUAUAUGUCCUGGCAAGUAAUAAAGUACACUCGUUUACUUUCCAUGUACCGAAAAAGGUAUAUGCUAGUUUCAAGACUGAAUUAUCUCCUAAGAAAGCUAUUAGGAACUGUGAAAUUGAAAAAUCAACUGCUGUAUUACCAAAUGGUCACGAUGGUUCUAAUUUAUACAAGUUAACCAUGCCCGAAGAAACGUAUUUAGAGGAAUCUACAAAAGUUGAAAGCUUGUUACAAGAUUCGAAUAUUUUGGGACUUUAUGAAACUCAGGUGGGAGCAGUAGAAAGGGCCAUUAUUGAUUUAGGUAACAAUAUCAGAUUUGACGACACUAAAGUUGGUGCUUUAGGUAAAGGCUUGAAAAAUGGAUUUAACGUGAAGGAUUUAAUGAAAGUCGAAAGAGAUUCUUAUUUGAAGCGCUUUGGUAUGGAUAUUAUUUAUUUUUUGCACCUUGUAACUAAUAGUUACGAAUUCUUUACUAUAUUCAAAUCAUGGGAAAAUACGGCAUCUAUAUUUGUAUUGAAGCCUUCUGCCAAUGCUCAGGAAUUACCAUCAAAUAUGGAUAAAAUAUAUAGAGAAAUAUUUGAAGCUAAGAAGGACAGGUUGGGCAAAAUGUACAGCAUUAUUGAAUACCCCGACGAAAUGAAGUUUGAAACUACAUAUUUCCACGAUACUGCCAAAAUAUUUAAGAAGAUGGACAAUUGCAUAAGCAAAAUAUAUGAGAGCAGAAGUAAUAGAGCUUUACUAGCAGUUCAAUCUCCUUAUACAACGAAAGUCUUGAAUCUUCUUAAAUCAACAUCGAGCUUUCCAACUAUCAAAAUGAACGUAAGUGAACUUUCAUUACCUGCUGUUGGCUGGCAGUCGUUAAUUAUCAAAAGAGUUGUUAAUCAUUAUUUUGUAUUGGCAUCUUGGAUCAAAAAGUUGAUUUCCUUAGCUAAAUAUGGUAAUGUUCCAUUAUGUAAUUUACAAAUUGAGAAUAUGGGAUAUUUAAUCGACAUUGAAUAUGCCAGAAGACUAAGUCAGAGUAAUAUAGUCUUAUGGUUAUCAUCACGACCAUUGCCAGAUCAUGGUGGGUUUGAAAUGGAUAAAGCCCAAGAUUUUGAAAAUUUAGAAUUUCCGACUAUCAAUAACCCAGAAAUCUAUGAAACAGCUUGCUUAGAAGUUGAGAUUGGUACGCUAACUAUUAAUACAAUCUUGACUAGUGCAUUAAUUAAUGAAGCUGAAGGAACUGACUUGGCUGAUGAUGCUGUUCAAUUUGAUAAUAAUAACGGAGCUUCUACAAUUGCUGAAGAUUCAUUUUCCACACCCGCAUUAAGUAUAUUACGAGGAAUGGUUAAAGAUUGGUGGGAUGAUGCAUUAAAAAAUAAUGAUAAUGCUGAUUCUAUGAUGAAUAACUUAGUAACAUGGGUACAAAGGUCAGAUUCUCUUUUAUAUGAUUAUUCAUUGCAUUACCACGUCCAUAACUUAACUACUAAGGCUCUAUUACAGUUAAUUGGUGAAUUUAAGAGAAUGAAUGCUCAAGUCAUCUUUGCUAAUAGAAACAAGAUGUUAAUACAGACAACUAAAGUUUCUAUCGAGAACUCGUAUGCAUAUGGCCAAUAUAUCCUUAAGGCUGCUAGAUCAAAACCAUUAUUCAACUUUUUAGAUUUAAGAAUCGUAAAGUACUGGGAUUUAUUAGUUUGGAUGGAUGAAUAUAAUUUCGGUGGUAGGUGCUGUACUGAGAUAACUAACGACGAGGUGCAAAAUUUGAUACCUGUGAACAAAUGGCAAAUUACAAAAUUUUUGCCGGUCAUAUUUCAAAAUGAGUUUGAAGAUUGGCUAAUUAUAUUCUUAGAUUCGUUGACCAAGUUCAAGAACGACACAUUGAUCCCUGGUACUCAAACAGGUACGCCAAGAGUUACCCAGAUUGCGCAUAUAUUAAAGGGCCAGAAAAAGCUCGAUUCAAAUGAGACAGAAGAAGAGAGUAUUUCAAAUGGAGUAAUGGAAUUGUUCAGAAAGCCAUUACAAAAAAGGAUAGAAAAAUUGGCUCGCCGUCAAAACGAAUCAAUUCUUAAUCCAGAAUUAAGACAAGAAUAUGAAUUUCCUAAAUUGCCUGGUUCUUAUACAAGUAUGAAGAAUCCUUCUUUGGAAUUAGUUAAGUUCUUGUGUGCUGUGUUUGGUUUAUCGAGAAAGAGAAACAUAGAAGUCAGACUUCUAAGAAGAGAAUUAUUAUCAAUUUUUGAUAUCAAGGAAUUCAGUGAUGAAGCAGCCUUUAAGAACCCGAGCAGCUCUUUGAAAAUCCCGCAUGUUAUCUGUGAUUAUUGCAACUAUAUCAGAGAUAUUGAUUUCUGUCGCGAUGAACAAAAAAAUAUUUGGAAUUGUAGUAAUUGCAACAAGACGUACAAUAGAGUGGCAAUCGAAGAGGAGCUCGUAGCCCAAUAUAAUAAGUUGCUAACGAAGUUUUAUAUUCAAGAUCUUAAAUGUUCGAAAUGUCAUCAAAUCAAGAGUGAUAAUAUGAGUGAGUAUUGUAAGUGCUCCGGUAAAUGGACGGAAACCUUAAAAUAUACAGAAGUCGAUAAGAGACUCCAAAUUUUUUCUAAUGUUGGAGGAUUUUUCAACUUACAAUUACUCAAAGGCAUAAUCGAAGAACUUGCGUUAUAA